AAGAACGUGAGUUAUUUCCCCUAAUUGGAACUCUCCUAUUGUAAAACUGCGCAUGCGUUAAAAUAUACGUCUACUUCCGCGGGCGUUCUUGACAACUGUCAAAAUGGACGUACGAACGAAAAGCUCUGCUUCGGGAUACCGCUCAAGAAAGUAUUGUUGUAUAUGUAGUAAUUAUAGGGGGAAAACCGUAGAGGGGCAAGUCGUCAGUCUCCACAGAUUUCCAAGCGAUGCAGAUAAACGUAGAAUAUGGCUGCAGCGAGCAAGGUUAGUGCGCAAGGACUUCACCUACACCAAGAAUUCGUACGUGUGUUCUUCACAUUUCGUGAAUGGUAGCGGCCCCUCUGCAACCCAUCCUUUGCCGUCGAUAUUUCCGAACAAGGUGUUCAAAACUUCGGCACCCUCAACCACAAAUGCCCCAGCUGUUCCCUUUUCUCAUGAGCCAGGUGUGCAGGACAAUCAGCUUCCUGAGAGUGAGGAUAACCAGGAUAGCCUUGAACAAACAGAUGACCCGUUAAAGGAUUCCCUAAAUAUGCACGACUAUCAUAAAGACUGGACAACAUGUGCUGGUGAAGUUCCAAAAAAUAAGGAAACUCAGACUAUUUUGUUAACUGUAGAUUCAUCAACACAGACUGAUGAAUCCUUUUUUAACAGCAUGGCCAUGAAAAAGUGUGUUUCCUCCUCUGCAGAAACACAGACUGAUGGAAAGCUUUUCAUUGAUAAAGGGAUUCAAGUUUCUAGACCUGUGUUCACCUUUGAAGAUGUAGAACAGGAUGACUCCAAAAUUUUAUUCUACACAGGUAUUCCUAACAAAGAGACAUUUAAUGCUGUGUUUGAUGAGAUAAAGGAUAAUGCACUCGAAAGUACAACAUGUGUAGGGAUUUCAUCUUCAAAUCAAGGACGACCAAGAAGACUAAGGAUUAUUGACGAGUUUUUUCUUGUUCUCAUGAGACUACGGCUGGGAUUACUCCUAGAGGAUUUAUCAGACAGGUUUAAUGUUAGUGUUUCAACUUGCAGCAAUAUUUUUAAUUUAUGGAUUGAUUUUUUGUUUGUUCAGUUGCAGCCUUUGAUAAUGUGGCCAUCCAAAGAAACAAUAUAUGCCACCAUGCCAUGUUCAUUUAAGGGAAAAUUUAGUAACUGCAGAGUCAUAUUAGACUGUACUGAAGUUUUUGUGCAAACACCUAGUUCUCUUGCUAACAAGUCAUUACUCUACAGUGAUUAUAAAUCCCAUAUGACAUUUAAAGGACUCAUAGGCAUCAGCCCAGCAGGUGUUACAACAUUUGUUUCAGACCUUUGGGGGGGAAGUAUAAGUGACAAACAAUUAACAAAGAAUUGCGGAAUUUUAGAUUUGUGUGAAGUUGGCGAUGCUAUCAUGGCAGAUAAGGGUUUCAUCAUUUCAGAUCUAACUACGCCAAAGGGUAUUCAUCUUAUUAUUCCCCCUUUCAAGAAAAAAAAUACACAAAUGUCCAGAAGUGAUGUCUUACUGACUCGUGAAAUAGCACAUCUUAGAAUACAUGUUGAAAGACAAAUGGAAAGAAUUAAGAACUUUCAUAUUUUUGAAGGUGUGAUGCAGUUAAGUAUGGCAUCUCAGUGUUCUAAAAUUUGGAAAAUUUGUGUUGCUUUGACAAAUCUCCUUCCCCCUUUGUGUACUGUUCCAGAAUAUGACAUUGCUUCAUAGCUAAAUAGUGAAAAUGUGCUUGCAUACAAUUUAAGGUUCUUAUGAUAGAAAAAAAUAUUCCUAUAACUUGUUCAAUGUCUGCUUCCAAUAUAUAUAGCUAUAGUUAUUUGAUGAAAUUUUCAUAUUUU